AUGUCAUCACGUUCCUUGUACGAUCAUCAUUCUUACAAUCAUCAACUACAACCACAUGAAAACAACCACUGGCAACUCCUUCUCGAGUCGUCACUCGAUGAACAAAAUGAUCAUUUGAAACGACAAGAAGAAGAAAUUGAACAAUUACGACUUAGUCUAGAAGAUGAAGAACGAAAAUUGAAAAUAUUCGAACAAGACUAUCAACGUCUCGAAUCUGAAAAGAAUACACUCUUACAACAUGUUGAAGAGUUACAACGUAAGAUCGAACAAGUUCAAUCACAGGAAGGUCAACUCGAACAAGAAGAAAUUUCAAUCAAGCAAGCUCUGGAACUUGUUGAAUUAGAAUUGAAACAGUAUCAAGAUGAGAUCCAAAAAGUAGAAUUGGAAAUUCAAGAGUGUGAACGAGAGAUGGAACGUUUGAGAAACGAAGUCCUUGAAAUGGAAAAACACAUUCAUCAACUCGAACAAGAAAUUGAAGAAUUGAAAAGAGAAAUCGAACGAGUCGUGGAAGAAUUACAACGUUUACACGAAGAAAUUCAAAACAUUGAGAAUGAAAUUCAACAGAAAAAGACAGAAAUCAAAGAAUUAGAACUUUAUUUGGAACAACUGAAUUUGGAAAAAACAGAAAUGGAACAAGAACAAUCAUUUCUUGAAAUGGAAAAACAACAAGCGGAACAACAAUUGCAACAAUUACACUCUCAACUCGAACAAUCAAAACAAGAAUUGUUACAAUUGAAACAACAAGAAACAGAACUGUCCAAAGAAAAACUCAACGUCGUUCAAGAAAUUAAACAAUUAAUUCAAGAACAAGUGAAUCAUUCUCAACAACAAGAACAAGAAGAACGAAAUUUAACAAAUGAACAAGAUCAGAAAGAACAGAUUGAGAAUUCCAUUCAACAAUUGACCAAUGAAGGACAGAAUUUGAAAGAUCAAGCUCAACAUGUCACUUUAGAAAUUGACACCUUUACAAAAACCAUUCAAACCAUUUCACAUCAAAUUGAAACUUUUGAAAAUGUACUUUCCAAUCUUCAAAGUCAAGACAAGUCCAUUACGGAAUUCAUUUCUUCACUCGUUCAUGAAAUUUCACAAAAUAAGAACGUCCUUGAAACCCUUCAGAAAAAUAUUCAAAAUUUCCAACAAAUGAUUUCACAAUUCAAGCAAGAACUGGAAUCUCUCCAACAAGAACUCUCUCAACUCGUGAAUUCUUUUCAACAAUCUCAAAAUGACCUUAUUCAGAAACAAGAGGAACAACUCGAAUCGGAACAACAAGUUUCACAGGCGGAACAAGAACUCAUUCAAGCUCAACAAGAAUUGUCACUCGCGAAAUUGGAACUCGCUCAAGCAAGUGCCAUUCCCUAUAAUUAUGCGGGAAUUGCUAAAGCAGCAGCUGCAGUGGCAAAAGCUUCGGUUCGAGUGGGAAUUGCUGUUGCUCGUGUCACUUUUGAAAAAUUCAAAUUGGCUCGAGUGGUUUUAUUUGUGACAGAAUUAGUGAAAAAAGUUGAACAUUUGACAGAUGAGAUGGAAAAGAGACAACAAAAGGAACAAGUUUGUCAAGACAAGAUUUCUCGAGUGGAAUCUGAAUUGUCAUCCAAUCAAGCAACUAUGGAGAAGGAAACGAAAAAACUGGAAGAGAAGGAAAUGCUUCAAAAAAGUCAAUUACAAAAAAAGGAAAAUGUCAAGUCUGAAAUUGCGAAAAAUCAAAACAUGUUGAAUCAAGAAAUUCAAAAAAAGGAACAAGUUGAGUCGCAACAAAAGAUCAAAGAACAAGAAAAGUCUCAACUUGAGAAUGAUAUGGAAAAGAAUGAACAACAUGUUCAACAACAAACACAUGACAAGCAACAACAUGAAUUCUCAAUUCAAAACAUCGUGUCAAGAUUAUUCGAACUUGGUCAAAAAGGCGUCGAAAUUGUGAAUCGUUUAAACCAAGAAAAUUCGCGAGAGAAUGAAUUGAAUCAACAAAUGCAGAGUGUUCUUAGGAAUCAGGAAUUCAUGAAAUCUGAAAUUUCUCAAACCGAUCACAAAAUUUCUUCCACCAAUCAACAAAUUCUUCAACUGAAUCAUGGAAUUUCUCGAGUGUCACUUCAAAUCGAGCAAAUCUCGAAACAAGAUGCAUCCGCCAAACAAGAAAUGUCUUUAUUAUUGUCCAAUCUCGAUCAUUGUGAGAAGAAGAAGGAAACUCUUUCGAAUGCGUUGAAAGAGAAAAGUUCACAACUUUCGCAAUGGAAUCAAUCGAUGGAAACUCUAAAGAAUGAACAUGCCAAGAAGCAUCUCGAUUUACAACAUGUGGAGGCCUUUAUGGAUGUCUUAAAGGUUACAAGUGAAGAAAAACAACAAGCGAGAUUGAUUCUGGAGAAUACUUGUGAAGAGUUUCAACAACAUUUGAAACAAGUCACACAAGAGAGAAAUUUGUUGAAACAGAAAACAUUUCAAAUGCAAAAUGAAAAACGAGAAAUGGAGUAUCGUGUGCAAUCCCUUUCAUUGGAUAGUACCAAGUCCUUGCUCAAGCUGAAUGAAGAGAAACAGCAGGUCAGUAACAAGAACAAGCAACUGACGAAGGAACUUUCGUUUUUGGAGGAUAUGAAAAUGAAAAAAGAACAGUUGAAGAUGCAAGUAGAACAUUCCAAGACAACUCUGCAAGCAAUUACCUCUCCAAAGAAGAAUGUUUCAAAUUCACAAGUUUAUGAUUUAUCACAACAUUAUAUAAAGAAAUAA